UCUCUCUCUCUCUCUCUCUCUCUCUCUCUCUCUCUCUCUCUCUUCUUAUGGAUAGAACUUCUUUUCAACAGAUUUUUUGUUUCAAGUCUUAGAAUUUUUAUUUUCAUUUAUUUAUUCAUAUUUUCUAUUUCAUCUUUUCGUUAGUAUCGCUCGAAAGCUUUUGCACUUGACACCAAUCCGCUGGAUCGGUGGGGUUGAUCAGCGGGAAAAUUCAAAGCUAAUCCACGACGAUUAACAUUUUAAUGAACCAUGAUAUCAGUCAUGCUCGUCAAUGUAACGAGGAUUGGUCAGGCUGUUUAUUAUCGGGGAGUCGAUUACGUAGUCGGCAGAAAACAGAAACGGGAUUCUUUUCAGGGGCCGAGAAUAGCAUGGGAACGGGCGGAUAUCGCGUUUCGUAGGCAGCUACGAGGACGACGACGGAUCGGUGGAGGGCCCGGUGAAGGGUGAGGGUAAGUUUCGGGACGAUAGCCAAAGUCUCCAAGCAAUUAUAGAAUUGGAUUGGAUCGGGGAGUUCGGGAAGGUGGCCGGCAUCGCCGCCGAAAUCGGUUUCGUUUUAUUUUAGCUUAGUUGUCGAAGGCAUCUGGUUGUGCAUUCUCAUCGCGGAUCAUCGUCACGAUUGCAGUGAGUGUUCCCCUUAGUUAAAAUUUUUCUACCUGUCCGACAUCAUUACGCAAAAUUUAUUAAACAGCUCGAACGAUUCGCACGAUUAACAGGGUGAUACAGACACAUUAGGUAUUGAAUGACGGGGUGAAAUAAUACUGAAUUCUUGUGGUUGCAUCACUCGACAUCUUUCUUCUGCUUGCUGUAAGCCAGAGUAAUUAAUAAGAAGAAAGUCCGAAAUCCCGCGUCACGAUGGAGGCGAUCAAGAAGAAAAUCGCGGCGCUGAAACUCGAGAUGGACGCCGCGAUGGAGAAGGUUGAAGUCAACGAGACGAAAGCGAAACAGGAGAAUAUAAGAGCUGACAGGCUGAACGACGACCUCAGUGAUCUGCAAAAACGAUUAGUCCAAUUGGAACGAGAUUAUACCAUCACCAAAACUAACUUGGAGCAAUCAACCGCCGAUCUAGAGCAGUGUGAAAAAUCUUGGUCCAGAGCUGAACAAGAUCGUACCGUUUUAACAAAGAAAGUACAGGAAAUCGAAGCGAGUCUCACCAAAAAGGAGGAGCUGCGUCUUACCGCCACACUUAAGCUGGCACGUGCGACGGAACUCGCGGAUGACGCGCAGAGGAUGUGUAACGUCCUGGCGGAUAGGAGUCGCUUGGACGAGGAACGUAUGGAGAAACUGAUGUCUGAAUUAAAAGACGCGAGAUUAAUUGCCGAAGAUGCUGAUGCAAAAUCCGACGAGAUAGCCAAGAAAUUACAGUUUGUGGAGGAGGAAUUAGAAGCCGCUGAGGAGAGAGUAAAAACUAGUGAAGCCAAAAUUGUGGAACGCGAGGACGAACUUUUCAUCGUACAGAAUAUCGUAAAGUCCCUCGAAGUGUCCGAGGAAAAGGCAAACCAACGGGUGGAAGACUUUAAAGUGCAACUGAAAAGCUUGAAGAAAAAACUGAAGGAGGCGGAGAAACGCGCAAUCAACGCCGAAAGAACAGUCAAGACAUUGCUAAAGGAAGUGGACAUGAAGGAAGAUGAACUCAGAGAAGAGAAGGAAAAGUACAAGGCGGUCUGCGACGAUAUGGACGCGACGUUCGCCGAAAUGACAGGAUACUAAAAUCCUGUGAACGGACUUAAUUUUUGAUUCUUGAUACUCCUACGCUUCUCCCUCUUUAAUCGCUAUCAUUUAUUAUUUAUUAGUUCUCAGACUCAUUGCGCUUAAAUGCUGUGCCAUAAACGACAUUAGAAAUAAAUCGCUUCACGCAAUAAUCCAUUGGUGGACAAAGCAACGCAAUGCGGCUUGUUACUAUAACUGCUUCGCUUUGUGCAACACCUUGCCAAAAUCGACGAGCAAUUAGUUCACGGUCGCUCGUUGUUCGUUGUGUCGAUUAAAAAUUUACCAUUUCGUCUGUUUCUUUUUCUUUCAGAGGCGUUGGAGAGACUUAAUGUCGUCCGCUACUCGCGAAUGAGACCAUGAUAUCGCGCAUCCUUUUUAUCAUUUUAUGUAAAUCUAUCUGUAUUUUCAAUAAACAGUAUCAUAAAUUCUCUAA